AAGAGAUGAUUGGCUGUUUGAUAGUGCGUCACAGGGUUUCCACCGCUGUGAUUGGCUGGAAACGCUUCAUCACGGUUGCAUAGCGAUCCUGGUGCGGCUGUGGACAGCGACUAAAAUGAAGAGUUAGCCGUUCACGAGCAACGGCCAGGCCGCCUUUACAUACAGCUGGGUGACUCCCCGCGGUGUCCUGGAGUUGCUAUGAAGGCGGGGGCCUCGUCCAUGUGGGCAUCGUGCUGUGGUCUGCUGAAUGAGGUGAUGGGGACUGGAGCCGUGAGAGGGCAGCAGCCAGGAUUUGGGGCAGGUGCGGGGCCGUUUCGUUUCGCUCCCACUGCAGGAUACUCCACAUACCCGCCCACCAACUCCACCAGCACCAGUCUGGUGUGUCAGGCCUGUGGACAAGCCUUCUCUGUCUUUAGAAGGAGGCACAUCUGUUGUGACUGUAAGAAGAGUUUUUGUUCGCUGUGCUCAGUACUUCAGGAAAACCUGCGCAGAUGCACAACUUGUCAUCUGCUAAAAGGCACUGCAUUCCAGCGUCCACAGCUCAUGCGUCUGCGUGUUAAAGACUUGCGGCAGUACCUCACAUUACGCAACAUUAACACUGAUACCUGCAGGGAGAAGGAGGACCUUGUAGACUUGGUGCUUUGCCAUCAAGGGGCAGAAAGUGAGGAUGAUCCAGACACACCCUCUCUACAGUCACGCCCCCUGUAUAGCCCACCGCCUUCAACAGAAGAGCCCACUUCCCCUCUCUCAGCACUCUCUCCAACUCAAGGAGAACCAAUCAGUAGGAGCAACAGCUCAGAGUCCACCAAUCAGAUGUCUUAA